CAGUCAAGCUUCUUCUGACUCCAUCAGAGCAAAACCCAGACAGUCCUGUCAACUCUGCUAAAAGGUAUUACUGCGAGACAGGCGACGUGCAAGGUACGCUGGGUAAAAUGCCCUCUUAUAAGGUCCGUGAAACACUGGUACUCAAAGCUCUUCACAGACAUGGCACUGACAUGGAUGGUUGCCGUAAAGCGUUGCUUAACAUCCCAUACUCCAUGCGGCUGUUGUACAUUCACAGUUACUGUAGCCUUGUCUGGAAUCAUAUGGCAUCCUACAGGAUACGACGGUACGGUCGGACAGCGGCUGUUCAAGGAGACUUGAUCGUAGAUAAAACUGUUAAUGCGCAUGAGUUAAAUAUGAAUACCGCUGACAGUCACGACAGUGAUAGGAGUUUAUGCGCAGAUGAAACCUGUGGCGUCGGAAGGGACCACGUCAGGUGCGCAUCGGAUCAUGACGAAGGAAAAUAUCUUCUCAAAGACGUGGUUUUGCCGCUACCUGGAUACAGCGUCCAAUACCCCGAAAAUGAAGUAGGAGAAAAGUACAAGGAAAGGCUGGAAAGAGACGGGCUGACCGUAAAAAGCUUCAGGCUUAGAGCUUUGGGA